AUGUUCGACACGGUGUGCACCUUUCCCCUAUCUGAGGACUUGUUCACUCAGGCCAUUCAUCCUGAGGAGCCAGUGGUCUCAGUUGGUCUGGCAUCAGGCCAUGUAGAGACUUUCCGAUUGCCCUCCUUGGACUCGGAAGAAGAUGACGACUCUUCCUCUCAGUCAUCUGCCCGCAAUGGCAAAGGCCACAUUAAAUCCAUGUGGCGAACCCGGCGACACAAGGGCAGCUGCCGCACCUUAGGGUUCGGCACUGAUGGCCAAAACCUUUACUCGUCUGGUACCGAUGGCCUCAUCAAAGCCGCCAAAACAGAGACCGGUCAGGUGUUGAACAAAAUUGCAAUUCCCUACGACAAGGGCGGGUACGAACCCUCUUUCCCAAUGCAGAUCGCUGCAGCGCCGCCCCCUCUGCACGUGGCUUACAUGACCCUUCUAUAG